UGCGCAAUCGGGUGCAAGGAACCGGUGUUGUAAACAAAACUGUGAAAACAAGGAAACAGUUUCUGUUUGCUAGUUUCAAGAGUAGGGAAUCUUGUUAGAUUCUAAAAUGGAUGAAAAUGAAGAUUUGUUAAAAGAUCUAAUCAAACAUGCAAAGAAGAGGCCAGAGUAUGCCCGUAUGGUGUCAUGGGAAUUUAAAAAUGAAACCAAAAUGCCAAACCGAAAGAAGAAGCAGCUGCAGAAAGAAUCCCUCAAAGAGCAAGAGGCAAGUAAGGCUAACAUGGCUAACGAUCAGGAAAAAGACAAGGAGUUCUCUUCAUCAUCAGCAUCAUCAGCACAGGAAGAAGAAUACGAUUCAGAGAGUUCUUAUUACUCAGCCGAUGAAGAAAUGGACUCGGAAGAAUCUACAGGGAGUUUGGAGGAAGCUGUAGAUGAGAUUAAUUUACAAAAUGAAGUAGGUUUUAUGAAUUAUCCUUCACAGGCCAACACUCGACACAGAGCUCCAAGUAAAAAGCAGAAACGUAAAAGACGAUAUCAGAUGACUUAUUGUGAUCAGAUUCUGCCAUUUAUGAACUGUGGUCUUAGCAUUGAGGAGGAUAUCCAAGAAGUUGUGUCUGAAAUCCAGGGGAAACAAAUCGUUGUGUUGAGGGAAGUGCCAAGUCUGUCCUUUCUAUGUAUUAAGAUGCUGAGAGGAAUUAGGUUACCAUCAGACUCUAUGCCCCAUCUAAUUAAGUCCCAGAUCUAUGGGGCUAAUGCAGACUUACAGUUUAAGAAAUUUCAGUAUGGAUGGCUGUUAAACAUGCUGGCUUUUGUGGAAAAGAAAGAAGAAAAUUAUUUGUACUGGAAAAGAAGAUUAGGAUUCAAUGAAUUUUCUCAGGUAUCGAAACUUCCAAUGCGCAGUGUGUGGUAUUCUCUGCCUUAUGUAAAUAGGUCCAGCAUACAGUUUACAGAUGUUUACAACAAGAACAAAGUCACAGCUUGUAUGAUGUACACCAGUGGACAUGCAAUACUGUGUCCACCACUUACGCAGUAUUCCUCUGACAAAAUAUUGCAGCAUAUGCCUUGGUUUUUGUCAGUACUGGGGACUUUAAUUGAAUGCAUGCUUCCAUCUCAAAUAUCUCAGAGGAAAGUGAGGAGUAAAGUCCCCUAUAAGAGCGAGGAGGCACAACUAAGAAUGGCUGCCAAAACUGCCAGUCAAAGAAUAAAACAUACGCUAUCUAAAAGACUUCCACAAAUCGUCAAAGAGUUCUUUGAUAUGACACUACCUUAUGCAUUCUGGGCCAGAGGAGAUAUCCAUCAUGCAACAGAACUGUUCAGCCAGCUUUCGCGGUCAGAAAAAAGAUGUAUAUACAAGGCAGCAUUUUUAAAUGAAGCAGGUCGGAUGCAUGCCAUAUCAGGAGAAACAGCUAGUGCUGCCAAAUUUUAUAGAUUAGCUUCAGAGGCUGUCCUAUCUAAACCCCAAAAUACCCAGCAUGCUCCUGAAAUAGAGGGUCAGGCUAUGAUGCUGUUGGCCAAUCUGAAUGACCAGGGGAGUAUGAAGGAGAAGGCCCAGUCUUCCUGGAACUCCUGGAAGUCGGUGUUUGCUUGUGAAGGUUACGUCUCGGAUGGUGCAGCAUUGACGGCAGUGGAACACUGGCUCUGUUUUCAUGCUGGUUCAUGGCAAGGUGACUACUUAGAUGAAUCAGUCAGAAGACUUGUUCCUCUGUGUUCACAACAUCCCCAGCUUCUGUACCAUCUCUCCUUAGUUCACGCUCUCAGAGGAGAUGCUCUCAACUCACUGAAAUCUUACUGUGAAUUCAGAGAUCGAGUUUUUGGUCCUCAUCUUCCUGGGGAGGAUAUGGUUCACAGACGAACAGAUAAUCCAUGGCUCCCCCUGGUGGAUGUAGCCAGAAAACAAGGGCAGAUAACCUGUAUACCUGUUCUCUGGAGAACUCAGCUCAGACCUUUGUGUGUUCAAACAAAUCCUAGAGUAACCCAAGAAGCAGAUGUUGUCUCAGAGCAGCUUAAUUUAAGGAUGACAUCAGAAGGAUUUCUGACAGGAGAUAUGCAGCUACUGGCGCCCCCUAGUGGUGGAAUUUAUCUAGAUCCAUAUACAGGUAUGAUUACUUAUAACAACAAUGGGACGGAGCCAUGGAGGGGGGUCAUGAAGUCUGUGGAUCCCUCAGAUUCUGACCCCUGGAGACUAGCUAUACCCACCCCUCUAGAGGUCUACCAUGACGAGGACGGAGUAUGCGUCCAUCUGCUGAUGACGUGCCAGACAAAUUUUGAGCUCUACAAGUACAAUGACUUCAGACAUAAUGUCUGUCAUCUGAUCUGGCAAGGACCUAAUGGUAGAAAGGUCAAGGUCAAUCUCAUCAACAAAUUCGCAGACAUGAUCUAUCAGAGACAGGAAGAGAAGUUGAAAUAUAAGGUACCUUUUUCAGAAGAAUCUCAACGACAGAUGGCAUUAGAUGUUUUGCGGGCAUUACACAAUACAGGAUGUACAAUGGAAGCACCUUCUAUUGCCACGUUUGUGAAAAAUGAAGCUUCUAGAUGUUCAAAAAAAUCAUCAAAUAAAGACAAAGGAAAGAAAAAGAAGGAAAAAAAGAGGAAAGUGACGGGGACGAGGCAUGCAUUUAAACUGGUGACAGAACCUCUCAUGUUUGGGAAGGCGGUAGCCAUGAUAUUUGACCAUAGUGAUCCAUUUACAACAUCACGCUUUCUUGUGAUAGCAAACUGUUCUUCAGCUGAGAAGUUUUUGGAAGUGAAGAUCUAUUACAAAGGGAAAUGGUCUCGAGAAUUCAUACACUACAAUGAAAGUCAAGAGAACCCUUACAAUAUACGGCCAUGUCAGUUGUAUCAGGGAUACAGAAUCAACAAUGCAGACAUCAUUCACUUCUAUUCUUCACACAGGUUAAUUGAAAUAUAUGAUCAAGAUGGUUCAAAGAUUGAAACUAUAAAUCAAAAUGAUACCAUUGGACAUGGAGUUGUACUACAAAGGAGCAUUUACAAGAAACAAGUUUACCCACUGAUAAUAAAAGACCAACUUAUAGCUAUCAGCCAUGAGAAAAGACUGUGGUCCUGGAGGGAUGGAGAAGAAUUCUACAGUCCUGACAUAAAGGAGGCCACCUCAGUAGCAGCCUUUGGGGAUGUUCUGAUUGUUCUAAUGGACAACAAGACACAGUUUGUGGCAGCUCAUCAGCUCCGAAUUCUCAACAUUAAUAUCACAAAAUCCUGUCAAUGUGAUUUGAAGCUAAGGAUAGGAGAAAGCAGACAGGAGAUAGAGCAGAGUUUUAAAACUGUUCAGGUGUUAUCUACACAGACAGUCACCAGGGACAGCGGGACUUACCUGUGGUGUAUAGCAGCUUUAGACAGAACCUUAGUGUGUCUGGAAGUACCCUCUGAUAUCUCAAAGUGCACAGAGGUCUCUGUCUUCCUGACCUUGACCCUGGCAGGUUAUCCAGUGGAAGCCUACUUCAUUAGUACUUCAGUGGGAUUUCUUGUGACCUUCACCCAGCACAAUGCCCAGUCUGAGGCCUAUGUUGAACACCUCUGUCACUACAGCUGUGAUGGUAGACUCCUGGGGGUACUCCCCUGUCUGGGCCCUGGACCCAGAUCCUUCUGCCACACCCACCUCCCAGGUGACCCUGAGGGAGGGAGUGGAGGACUGUACCUGUACAUGAGGGACGGUCACAAUGGAAUUAUGGGAAUUCAGUUGAAUGACCAUCACCUUUGACAAGUGCUUUCAUAGAACUGGGAGCCUUUUAUCUGACAAUGUUUCUGACAUUUUUAGCAAAUUUUGCAACAUUUGAAAGCCAGAGAAAUCAAAGUACUGCAAUGUAGUUAAGCUGUUUUCAUAGUAUACCCUAUAAGAAGAAAUUUCAGCCAGGAUUUAAUUUGGCAUGAUAAAAGAGGGUGUUAACAUUGCUUAAAUUGAAUAUCACCAGCAAUUCAUUCUACAUUGGAGGUUGCUUAUUUCUUAGUAACACUGUCACUAAAA